CUUCCCUCCAUCCAUCGCACCCUCAUUCGAUACACUCAUGGCCAUAACGACAGGGUUUCUAUCACGGCUGCCUCCCGAUACGUUCAUAUACACCCAUAGGCCUGAACGCAGACACGCAUGACGAAGCCAUACCCUGACCCCUGUCGGUGUUGCUCACACGAACGUCAUCCUGAUCCUGAGCUAUGCAGUGCCACUGAGCCUGUGAUAAUAAAAGAAACAGAAACACGGCGUGGAAUGAUGGAUGGUUACACGAUCCGUCUCAAAUCCAAUGUAAAUGCAUACUCGACAAGAUGGUCUUCCCCAUUGAAUCACACCCUCCUCAGCAGAAACUCCCCGAUAUGAACACCUCCACGAGUUCAAUCGUGGAUGGCAUUGAAGGAGCAACAACGGGCAGAAUGAUGAAAGCGCUGCGAUUUCACGGACGUCACGAUCUGAGACUUGACGAGGUGAAGGAGCCGACGUGUGGAUAUGGCCAGGUGAAGGUCCGGCCGCUCUAUGUCGGGAUCUGCGGGACAGACCUGCAUGAGUACUCUUCCGGCCCGGUACUUAUCCCCGAAACACCGCACCCUAUAACAGGGGCCAAACGCCCCGUUACUAUGGGCCAUGAGUUCAGCGGCGAGAUUGAAGAGGUUGGAGCGGGCAUUCACGAUGACAAGUUGAAGCCGGGCCGACGCGUCGCUGUGCGCCCUACUAUAUACGAUGAAGAGUGUUCCUCUUGCAAGCAGGGUGUGCGACAUUGUUGUGAGAAUAUCGGGUUUAUUGGGUUGAGCGGCUACGGCGGCGGCAUGGCCCAACACAUCGUCGCCCCAUCCCGCCACUUCUACCCCAUCGAAGACUCCAUCCUGUCCGAAACAGCCGCCCUUAUCGAACCGCUCGCAGUCGCCUGGCACGCCGUCAACAUCUCCCCCUUCAAACCCGGCAACACAGCCCUCGUGAUCGGCGGCGGCCCCAUUGGAAUCUGCGUAGUGCAGGUGCUCAAACUAAAAGGCGCAGGGGAAAUUGUCGUCGUCGAACCCAUGGACAGCCGGAAGAAGCUCGCCCGCGAAUACGGCGCAACGGUGAUCAUCGACCCCGGUGAGGCGGAUGUUGUGUCGCGAACGCGCAAGUUGUCGCAUGAGCAUGGCGCGGACGUUGUGUUUGAUACUGCUGGUGUGGAGGCUGCGCUGAAUGGUGUUAUUCCGGCUUGUCGGACUCAUGGCGCGAUUGUGAACAUUGCGCUCUGGGAGAGGGGCCCCAUGGUCAAGGUGAAUGAUUUGAUGUAUCGCGAGGUGCAGUAUAUGCAGGCUGCGCUUUAUGAUGAGAUGUCGUUUAAGGAGACUGUUAGGGCGUUGAGUGAUGGUAUUUAUUCUACCCUGGGAGGGUGUUGUGGGAUAUACGGUUACUGACGAUGUAGGACUCCUCGAUCCGAGUGGAAUGAUUACUGCCACGGUGAAGUUGGAGGAUGUGGUGGAGAAAGGCUUCAAGGCGUUGCUUGAGGAAAGGGAUCGGCAUUGUAAGAUUCUGGUGGAUAUGCAAGCAGGUUAAGCGUUAGUACAAUUGGUUUAUUAGGAUUGGUUGUAUAGUUAUUGUUUGGAUGGAUAGUAUGACGAGUAAUCAAUCUGGGAAUAUAUACUGGUUUUACCAUAGAAGUA